GGAGGUGGGACGGACGGUGUAAAGCAUGGAGUCACUGCGCGCAUUUCUGAGCUGCCAGAAGCGAGCGCGCAUCCCGACACGAGACCACUGAUGCGGCGGGGCGAGUGCGCGUAAUUCCCCUAAAACUUUCAGACUCUUCAUAAUCCUAAAUAACGACUCGAGCUAGCGACAUCUGUGACUUUGUAUAGCGAUUCGACAUAUAUCGUAAGGUUUAUUGAGCAUCUGAGACGCGCGAAGAAUGGAGAUGACCUCCGCACACGCGGAACUAUCCGGGAGUAACGGAGAGGAUCAAAGUGAGCCUCUGCCGGUGGACUAUCCCGGAGGAGAGAUGCCGGCCUCUCUCGGGGUGCGAAGAGGAUCGAGCGUAAAGAAGCAUCACCACAAACACAACCUGAAGCACCGAUACGAGCUGCUGGAGACACUCGGGAAAGGGACAUACGGGAAAGUGAAGAAAGCCAUAGAGAGACACACUGGACGAGUGGUGGCGAUUAAAUCCAUCCGAAAGGAGAAGAUUAAAGACGAGCAGGACAUGGUGCACAUCCGAAGAGAGAUCGAGAUUAUGUCUGCUCUUCGUCAUCCGCAUAUCAUCUCUAUAUACGAAGUGUUUGAGAACAAGGAUAAGAUCGUGAUCGUGAUGGAAUACGCCAGCAAGGGCGAGCUGUACGAUUACAUUAGCGAACGUCGCAAGCUCACAGAGAGAGAGACGAGACACUUCUUCAGACAGAUCGUCUCUGCUGUGCAUUACUGCCAUAAGAACGGAGUCGUACACCGAGAUCUAAAGCUGGAAAACAUUCUCCUGGACGAAAACGGCAACAUUAAAAUUGCAGAUUUUGGUUUGUCUAACCUCUAUCACAAAGACAAACUUCUUCAGACGUUUUGUGGCAGCCCACUGUACGCCUCCCCGGAGAUCGUAAAUGGAAGACCAUAUCGAGGUCCAGAGGUUGACAGUUGGGCGCUGGGUGUAUUGCUCUACACACUUGUGUAUGGAACAAUGCCAUUCGAUGGAGGAGAUCACCACAGACUCAUUCGACAAAUCAGCAGUGGCGAUUACAGGGAGCCUCCCCAGUCAUCAGAUGCUCGAGGUUUGAUACGUUGGAUGUUGAUGGUUAAUCCAGAACGGCGGGCUACAAUAGAGGACAUCGCGAAUCACUGGUGGGUGAACUGGGGAUGGAAGACCAGUGUCUGUGACUGCCAAACCAAAAGGGAAAACAGCUCACCCAUGCUAGCCCGCUUUAUUGACUGGCAAAACCGCACUGACGUCCGACCAGGCAAGGCUCAGCACCCGGAGCCUGCUAAUGUCACUAAUGUUACGAAUACGAGCUUGACUCCAGCCCGACGUCUAAGAAAAUGCAUGAAGGAGAACGAUGGUGGCAUGUGGGGUGUUGCGGAAGAGAAACCGGGUCUCAAGAGACCUAAGGGGAUCCUGAAGACUCGUGCCACCAGUGGAGACCAGCGGUCCCAGAGCCUGUGCGAGGUAGAGCUUAGGAGGUCCAUUUGUUACCAGGACGCUAACUCUAGCGCUGACUCAAGCCCGGAGCGAGAAGACACUCUCGGUGGCUCGCCAGCAAAAAUUGUCUCAAUGUUACCCAAAAAAGGCAUUUUGAAAAACAGUCAAGAGCGAGAAUCUGGGUAUUACUCCUCACCGGAACGCAGCGAGUCCUCUGAACUCUUAGGGGGCGCCACUGUGCAACCCCCGAACAGCUCGCCAACAAAACGGUCUGUAGGAAGAAAAGGUAUAUUGAAGCGAAACGGAAAGUAUUCUGCUCACAAUGCCGGAGUCCAAGGGGAGGUGACGGUAGACUCAAAUCUCCCACGGAGCCAAAGCCGACCCUCCAGCAUUGUUUAUGAAGAGACGGGUCUCUCCAGCAUGGGAUUGGACUGGCCACCCACCUCUCCAAAACCCAACAUUCGGGGCUCUCUGUCAGCCGAAGACUUACUGCAGAUGUCCGGAUUCAGGGGGCUUCAGACCGUCGCGCCCCUUCAUGGCGGAAAAGGCACUCGCAGUCCUCCCGGAUCACCCGGAGACAACGGCAGUUUCUCCUUGCUGGGUGAUAUGGAUGAUGUCACCCAGGUGUACCAGAAAGCCCUGGACAUCAGCAGCAAGCUGAGCUAGACUUGGUCUGAAGGCUGAAACGAUGAAUAGACAAUUAUUUGAUUUCUAGAAACACACAUGGAAGGCAUUGUUUCACUUUGGAGAAAGACUGGAAGUGUGAUUGAUCUCAGCACGAUCUCCCAUCACUGCUGCAGUGCUGCUGGGUAAUGUUUACAGGUCGAGAGGCGGGACAUUUCAAAUCUCUAUUCAUCAACUUGCUUGGUGAACAAAAUGAUUUGUUUUUAACUCGACAAUAAUGGGGAACAACGGAAGCACUUUAAAGCGUCUGUUCUCCGUAAUCCAGCACCAGAUGAAAAUGACAGCUGGGAAUGUGUUAUUUAAGUUAUUUAUUGUUCAUUUACACUUUGACUGAUUGAUCAGUAUCAAGGCCAUUUUGUAAUCUUUCUUGGGAUAGUCAGAUAAAGGCAAUACAAUAGUAAACAGCCAUUGCUGUAUAACACCAGUGCUUUCAGUGACGUGCAUCCACAAUAGUCCAACAGCAACGGUUCAAACCAAAAAAAUAAAGGUCAUUAUAUCGAUCCAAUCCCACACUUUUAAAAGUGCUGGGUCAUUUUCAACCCAAUAUUGGGUCAAAAAGAGACAAACCCAUCUGAUGGGUUAGAUUAAACACAGAAAAUGUUUAUAUUUGAUCAUAUUAACAAUGGGUUAAAACAACCCAGCAUAGGUUAAAUUACUACCCAAUGGGUUGCGUUCGUCCCUUUUUGGCCCAACGCUGGGUUACAUUUUUUUUUACAUUUUGUCCAUAGAGCGACAAAGUAUAAAUGUAAUGCUCCUAUUUUCCCUACAACGAAACUUUGUGUGGGUAAAAUUUUCCUUUAAGAUCUAAAAAAAUUGAAGUAUUUAAGUUCAGGAUAAAAAACAGCAUUGCUCUAAAAAAUGCUGGGUUAUUUUAAAAAUAUCAAAAAAAGGGACAAACCCAGUCACUGGUUUAAAUAAACCCAGACAAUGUUUAUAUCUGAUCCAACAAUGGGUUAAAACAACCCAGCAUAGGUUAAAUUACAACCCAGUAGGUUGGGUUCGUCCGUUUUUGACCAAACGCUGGGUUAAAAAAAUUACAUUUUGUCCAUUGAGCGACAAAGGAUAAAUUUAAUGCUCUUUUCCUUACAACGAAACUUUGUGUGGGUAAAAUUUUCCUUUAAGAUCUAAAAAAUUGAAGUAUUUAAGUUCAGGAUAAAAAACAGCAUUGCUUUUAAAAAAAAAAUUAAAAAGGGACAAACCCAGUCACUGGGUUAAAUUAACCCAGACAAUGUUUAUAUCUGAUCCAACAAUGGGUUAAAACAACCCAGCAUUUUGGGCUGAAACAAACCAGCAUUUUGGGUUGAAACAACCCAGCAUUUUGGGCUGAAACAACCCAGCAUUUUGGGCUGAAACAACCCAGCAUUUUGGGCUGAAACAACCCAGCAUUUUGGGCUGAAACAACCCAGCAUUUUGGGCUGAAACAACCCAGCAUUUUGGGCUGAAACAAACCAGCAUUUUGGGCUGAAACAACCCAGCAUUUUGGGCUGAAACAACCCAGCAUUUUGGGCUGAAACAACCCAGCAUUUUGGGCUGAAACAAACCAGCAUUUUGGGCUGAAACAACCCAGCAUUUUGGGCUGAAACAACCCAGCAUUUUGGGCUGAAACAACCCAGCAUUUUGGGCUGAAACAACCCAGCAUUUUGGGCUGAAACAACCCAGCAUUUUGGGCUGAAACAACCCAGAAUUUUGGGCUGAAACAACCCAGCAUUUUGGGCUGAAACAACCCAGCAUUUUGGGCUGAAACAACCCAGCAUUUUGGGCUGAAACAACCCAGCAUUUUGGGCUGAAACAACCAAGCAUAGGUUAAUUACAAUGCAGCAGGUUGGGUUUGUUCCUUUUGAACAUAACCCAGCAUUUUUAAGGGUAGUUUUCCUACUAUUUUCUUUUUUAUAAUAUUGAGAAAAGUAAAAAUAUCUCCUAGAGAUACCAAGAGUGAAUGUUACAGAGACCAAAAACAAUGCAAAUGCUAAUCCAUGUUGUCUCUAUUACGCGCUAGGUAACUAGAGGACCUCACAGCACAUAAAAAGUGAAAAGACUGAAUCAGUGUUAUGACACCGUAAAUUUUCAUCUCUCACAAGCAUGCAUAAACCCACACAAUGCAACGUGCAGACGGGCAAUUAUAUGAGCUCACUGAAGCAUAAAAGUGUGGAAAGACGAGCUUUAACCUACGGUGUUAUUCUGCUCCAGAAAUGACCCAUGUUUCAACAACAUACCAUAUUAGAUGCCAAAUUAUUCUUUUUAAUAGGUUGGGUGUUAAAAGUCACAUGUUCUGAAGAUAAUAGAUUAUUAAAACAAAAAUGAAUAAAACGUGUAUUUAGGUUUAAUAAAUAAUUGGGGGGAAAAACAUCUCAUGGCAAUUCGUACGUAUUUUACGAGCUGGCUAAUUCGUACAUUUGUACGACUGGGUGAUUUGCCUUUACCCCAUGACGUUUCGGGAUAGUGUUUAUGUUGAUUGUUUUUGUACAAAUUCAUAAACUCUAAAAAAUUCCUUGUUGCACUUACAUUUUUAAGUUUAAUCAACUUGAAUUUACAACUUUCUUGACUAGUGAAAAAUAAAGUUGAAUCACCUUAAGUUAUUUGAAAAAACUGAUUUAAACUUAUAAAUUGAAGUGCAACAAGGAAUUUUUACAGUGUACAAAUAAUUAGCCAACUCGUAAAAUACGUAAAAAUUCUCGUGAGAUCAGGCUGGGUUGUCAUCGAAGUGAAUCAAAUAUUCGUGUACACUUUUUUUAUGCAAAUUGGCAUGAUGCGAUAAACUGAAUACACCAUGAGUUUGUUUUCUGUUGCAUUGUGUUUGUUUAAAUUUCGGUAAUUAUUAACAGAUUAAUUUCAAGACAGAAGGUUAAGCAUUAAUAGUGUAGCCUAAAUGUGCUUUAAAUCUGUAAUGAUAAGUAAGUUUCUGUCAGAUUUAGCAUCAAUAUUGCAGUUCAGUGCUACAGUAUGUACCCAUUAAUAUAUACAGUAUAUAUAAAUUAACUGGAAAAAGAGUGUGUUUGUCCUAUAGGAUUUCCGUUAUAGGCCAUUGAGAAAACUUGACUGGAUAUUACUGCAUAUUUAAAUGUUGUUAUUUAAUAUGUCUUGUAUAAUAUACUGUACAAUAUGGCUAUUUGUUAUUCUGUAUGUUAUUUUUUUAAACUUUGACUUAACGAUUGUCUUGCUUUGUGCCUUUAUUAAUGUGAGAUUGUCUAAUAAUGUUAUUAUCUGUGUAAAUGAUUUUCAGUAUUGUGUAAGAAUCUCAAUAGGUAUCAGAAUUGUUUUUCUGUAUCAUUUGUUAAGAGCAUUGUUAGGUGGUGUAUGAAGCCCUCCAUUGUCUCUGCUCAGUACAAUAUGCAGUGAUCCAAUAAAUGUCUAGAUCUAAAUACCA